AUGUUCAUCCCCGCCACCAGCACCCUGCCGAGCCCGCAUAACCUCUCCGUCCUCCCGACGCCCCUCACGCACAGUGUAGAUACCUGCCACGACAUCGACAACUGCCGCACGCUCUGGCAGGUCAUCCGCAGCUGCCUCGUCACCAUCUUCGCCUGCACCUGGGUGUCGCUGCACCUCAACAUCCCCGCCGAGAACGAGCGGUGGCACCGCGGCCCGCUCCGACACCUGGGCGUGAUGCUCAUCGGGAUUGUCGCGCCGGAGCUCGUGGUGGCGUGGGCGGCGCGGCAGUGGUACGUUUCGCGGGAGCUGCAGAAGAGAUGGAACGACCGUGCGGCCGCGCACGGAAAGCCGUGGUCCAAGACCCACGCGUUCUUCGCGCUCAUGGGCGGCUAUGUCCUAUACAGCGACAGUCACCGCCCCGAAGUCCUCGACGUCGACUACGACGGCGAUUUCCGCGUGUUCUUCGCCUCGUCGGACCGCACAGCCUCGCUGAAAGCCGAGGAACUGGCUGACAAGGGGAAGAAAGAUUGGCUCGCAAAGACGUUCGCGAUCAUCCAGACGGUAUGGUUCGUCCUUCAAUGCAUCGCUCGCGCCGUCCAGCACAUCACCGUCUCGGAGCUUGAGUUGGCGACUUGUGGGUUUGCAUUGCUGAAUGCGGUGACGUACUUUCUAUGGUGGAAUAAACCUCAGGGAGUGCGGUUUCCUUUCUUCGUGAAGAUACAGGAAGGGCCAAGUCCUCGGGAGCCAGACGGAGCUCCGCACGAAACCACCGCACGUGUCGAGCAUUCUCUGGGCAAAAAAACAGGCCCUCCUCCUGAAACCGGACCACGAACCAGGUGGCGCCCCAAGCUCCCCUCCGGCGUCCUCUACGCCUUCUCAGAGAUGGCGGGGAACGACCGCCUGCACAGCAACAACGAGAUCACUGGCACGUCCGUCCCGACCUUCUACUCGGGCGACCGCACGCCCAGCCGCGACGACGUCGCCAUCACGCUCUCCGUCGAGUUCUCCAUCGUCUUCGGCGCGAUCCACUGUCUCGCCUGGGACUUUUCCUUCCCCUCGUAUCUGGAGGCGGCCCUGUGGCGCUCGUGCGCGCUCGUGAUUACGUGUAUGCCUGCGGUCAGGCUAUUGACAUACUUUGUGCAGCAGCGGACGGUGGCUGGGAAAGUGCUCGGCCGACUUGGAACGGGGGUCAUGUGGGUGAUGAGGGUGGUCAACCAUUCCAUGGUGGUUCUCUACGUCUCUGCGCGGUUCGUCUUGCUUGUCCUCGUGUUCACCCUGCUUAGGUCGCUUCCAGAGAGCACCUUUCAAACUGUGUCUUGGACGUCCUUUAUCCCACACGUAUAA